AUGGGCACGACGACGUCUCCUGAGGUUCAUUUCCACUGGAAGUCGAUCCUUCUCACCAGUUGCUUUUUCACAAACUUGCUCUUCAUGCCACUCAAAGGGUACUUGUCCGAAGGGUCGCCGUUCACCACCGAUAGCUCGGUCGAAGCGUCCGAGUUUGAUAUGACUCUCCCUCUGCUCUUCAAUGCAUCCACGAUGGCCCCCACAAUUAUGUACGACUACGAUAGCCAGUACGGCCUCGACGUGAUGCGGACAGUCGUGGCUGACGUUCUAGACCCCACAGACGCAACCACGACAACGUUAAACCCAGUGUAUAGCAUCCUUGGGGUCCCCUACUUCCCCCCCGACGUGAAACGCAACUGGCCGUGGGUGCUCACCUCUACCAACCACACCACGGCCGGGCCACUCCAUGCUACGCACACCAUAAUCUCGUGGAACAUUACAAUAUUGACCGCAAGUGCGUCCACAUCCGUGCUGUGGGUCGUUCCCGGCAACGACCUAGGCAGAACCGCUGCCACCUCUAAUGCGUCGUCGACUGUGUAUUACGUGUACCGCCCCGUGGUGAAGAUGAUGCUGUGGCGCCUGGUCAAGUUGCUCUACAGGAUAGGCCUUUGUGUGUGGAUUUUUAUGCUCUGCACGACGCACUACUACUGCCACGUGUAUCACUUGUACAACAACUUGAAAACUAUCCCCCUCCAUGUGACAUCGCCAGCGAUGACGCGGUACGAGAUCGUCGUGGGCGAGCCAACGUGCGUGGUCUUGUCCAACCCGUGGCUGUGCUUGGCGUUUGUCAUGGACAUUUGCGCCAGCACCGAGUACGUCGGCCAAGCAUGUCUGCGGGUCUGUCAAACCGAGAAUUGGCUCUAUUUCGGCCUCGGGCUGCUGUAUUUGGGCCGCACAGUCUGGUGCGCCUACUCGACGCUAACGAUACUGAACAUCAUGCUGAAACGAUGUCACAGAACGACGUGGUUCGCCCCUGCCAACACGACCGUCUUGGCCGUGGCAGCGACGUGGGCUGGCGGCGGCAUUGUGACUAUCCAGAAACAAUGGCCCAAGGUCCUCGACUUGUACACGAGCCUGUUCGUUCCAUACGAUGUGGACACGGACGUAUCAAAGCUCCACCACAUCGGACACAUGGACAUUGCCCUGAUUAUGGCAGUGUACUUGGGUAUGAUGUGCAGUUUGCCGUUCGCAGUCGCUGCGUGCUCUGGCGUGUGGAAUGCGGUUCAACGUAGCACGACUAAGAUGCCGACGUUGACGAGAAAGACGAGUUUUGUGAGCAUCCUCAUUGCCACGAACCGCCGGCUGUCCUCGAUCGGUUCGAUUGGGCCGAUUCACGCCAUGGAAAUGGUGGUCGAGCCUCCCAAGCACACGGUUGAAAGCAGCUUUCAUUCCAACGACUUCAAACAUCGUCUCAUGCUGUGGUUUUGCAAUUUGGGCAAAUUGAACCAUGACAUGUACACCGGCGGGUCAGUCUACCCGCUAUUUCAACAGUGUCCAGACUACCAAAGCCAAUGCACUAUCAGCCAGCGCGGCGGCGACUGCUACGUGCUGAGCUACGACCGCCACGACCACAUCGUCGAGGUCACGCGAGUCACGUUGGUGUCCCAAAUCGACUUGACCGUCGUCCACCGUCCAUUCCGAAUCAACCAACUCACGACCAACGCUGCCGUGGGCAGGUUUGUUGUGGCCAAAAAGUCCGACGCGAUCCGCGCCGCGACGCUGCAUCGCGGGUGUUCCAAUUCUCCGUGGGUGUCGUAAUGAAAUUGUCUCUAACGUUAUUGCUGUUUGGGAAUAGAUUUAAGCGAUGGAGAGGAGAUACAGUACUAGUAUGACCUAAGGUACCGAGUUCAGGUGGUACGUUGAAGUACUCACAGCUUGUCGCCAUGUCCAAUCGCGUCUAAAUUCAC